CAAAGAAUUUACCCUACCCCCACGGUCAAAAUUCCCAAUUUUUUAAAACCCUACCAAAAACCAAGAAACCAAAAACCAUGGAAAUCACCAUUGUCGAUCACCAGGAUAACUCCUAUACCCAUAACAACUACGAUGUAAAGAUCGGGCUGGUGACUACCGUCCGAACAUUAGUGACUACCUCCGGUUCCAUGGUCCACUCCUGGAUCCAGGACAUCAAACGUAUCCACAGUCAGAGUCUCCACCGUCUUAUCGUUGGACUCGACGUAGAGUGGCGACCAUCCUUCACUAGCGGCGUCGAGUCUCCGGUGGCCAUAAUACAACUCUGCGUUGAUGAUAAAUGCCUUAUCUUUCAACUCCUUCACGCGGACUAUAUUCCGAAUUCUCUGUCCGAGUUCCUUGGAAACUCUAAUCACAACUUCGUCGGCGUCGGUGUCGUGGCCGAUGUAGAGAAACUGCGCAGGCAUUACCAACUGUACGUACGAAAUCCGGUGGAAUUAGGGAAUCUUGCUGCGUAUAAGCGCCAGGAUCAGAGUCUGAAGAAUCAGGGGCUACAAAGGUUAGCGACGUACGUGCUGGGACUGGACUUGGACAAGCCGAGGAGCGUGACGAUGAGCUGGUGGGAUAAUCGGUAUCUGAAUUAUUCUCAAGUUAAGUACGCAUGCGUUGAUGCUUAUGCUUCGUCUGAAAUCGGUAAGGUGUUAAUGGCUGAGCCAGAGCCGUAUUUUGGAUUUCGUUGAUGGGUUUAGUUUCUACUCUAGUCGCCGCAAAUAGUUUUAUUUUCUUAUAACAGUAUUGUUCAUGUUUUAGAAUUCUGUUUGGGUAAUUGUGAAUAAUUUAGUUUCGAUCUUAAUUUCAGUUACGGUAUAAUGGUCUAUAGUAUUGCUUUUCGAUUUUAGUUCAGAUUCCAAGAGAAAAGUUUAAUGUCUUUCAAUUCCAUGUUCUUAUAAGAUUUAAAUCAAUUUGCAAUUUUUUUUUUAGUAACAUGGAGAUUUAUAUUGA